GUUUCAUAGAUUUUAGCACAAAUUUCAGAAAUAAAAACAUGGCAGGUGUUGGGAAAAUCUGAUUAAAACUGUCAAAUCUGAUAAAGGUUAUUUAAAUAUUUAGCCACAACGAGAGAGAAAUGGAUUGGAUUCACAAAAUAAAUAUUUUAAUUUCCGGAGGGGGGGGGGGCUCACAGAUUAUCCUUAAAAGUAUCGUGCCCCCAUCAUGAACGCGUCAAUAAAAUUGCGUCAAAAUGUGCAAAAAUGUGCAAUUUUAUCCCCGCGCCCCUCGUGCCUCCUUCGUGCUUUUCCGUUCAUCUCCGUCGAGCGAGUCGUGUUGUUGUUGCUCGGGCGGCCACUCGGAGGGAGCGACGAUGAUUGACAAUAAUGGCGGCGGGUUUAUUCUGACUUGGCUCCAGCAGGGGGGGUAGGGAGAGGGGAAGACGAGACAGAGGAGCGUCUGCGUGGCCGACAAAGCCAAAACACCUCCAGGUGAAGAAUCCGCGCGGGCACGAAACAAUUUGGAUGGGGAGCGAGUGUAAGCGCAAAAGAUUUUGGCUCGUGCAAAGGGGAUUUGGGGCUAGCUUAGCAUUGAGGCUCUUUUUUUUUUUUUUGCUUGCUAAGUUGAAGAGGUUAGCAUUCUUGAGGCGGCGAGGGUCAGCUAAGCAAACAAUGUCGCCGCUUCGCCAGCUUUCCUCGUAAAUACGUUCCCCAAUUUCCAAGGCAGCUCGACGAAUGCAGCGUUUGUUUGGCAAAAGAAGAGCCGACACCUCCUUGAGCAGUUUAGCGGGGCCGUGUGGCUUCUGCUGUGGACAUUCAAAAACUGCCCGCCCGCCUCUGCCUCUGCCGCCGCCGCCUCCGCUUGGUAGCCAGCUCGCACGGCUAGCUCGCUAACUCCAAAAGAUUCGUUUUUCGUUUCUUUUUUGUUUUUGUUUUUAUUCCUCCCACUCGUCUUCGUUUCGUAAAUGACCACCGGCAGGAACAACCGAGCCAUGAUGGAAGGAGUCGGAGCGAGGGUGGUCCGGGGACCCGACUGGAAGUGGGGCAAGCAGGACGGCGGAGAGGGGCACGUCGGCACCGUCAGGAGUUUUGAAAGUCCCGAGGAGGUGGUGGUCGUCUGGGAUAACGGCACCGCUGCCAACUACCGUUGUUCUGGAGCCUACGACGUGAGGAUAUUGGACAGUGCUCCGACAGGCAUCAAGCACGACGGAACAAUGUGUGACACCUGCCGUCAGCAGCCCAUCAUUGGCAUUCGCUGGAAAUGCGCUGAGUGCACCAAUUACGACCUCUGCACAACCUGUUACCAUGGCGACAAACAUCACCUGAGACACCGCUUCUACAGGAUCACCACCCCGGGCAGCGAGAGAGUGCUCCUGGAGUCGAGACGCAAGUCGAAGAAAAUCACUGCCAGAGGGAUCUUCACUGGCGGCCGGGUAGUGCGAGGCGUCGACUGGCAGUGGGAAGACCAGGAUGGAGGCAACGGAAGGCGAGGAAAGGUGACUGAGAUUCAGGACUGGAGCGCAGCCAGCCCUCAUAGCGCUGCCUACGUACUGUGGGACAACGGGGCCAAGAACCUUUACCGUGUCGGUUUUGAAGGAAUGUCGGACCUGAAAUGCGUUCAGGACGCCAAAGGAGGUUCCUUUUAUAGAGACCACUGUCCUGUGUUGGGCGAGCAGAAUGGCAACAGGAACCCCGGCGGUCUUCAGAUCGGUGACCUAGUCAACAUCGACUUGGACCUGGAAAUCGUCCAGUCGCUGCAGCACGGCCACGGCGGCUGGACCGACGGCAUGUUCGAGACGCUCACCACCACCGGCACGGUGUGCGGCAUCGACGAAGACCACGACAUCGUGGUGCAGUACCCCAGCGGGAACAGGUGGACAUUCAACCCCGCCGUACUAACGAAAGCCAACGUGGUACGCAGCGGCGAAGUAGCCGCUGGGGCGGAGGGAGGAGCUUCCCAGUUCCUGGUGGGCGACCUGGUCCAGAUUUGCUAUGACAUUGACCGCAUCAAGCUGCUCCAAAAAGGCCACGGAGAAUGGGCUGAGGCCAUGCUUCCUACCCUGGGGAAGGUGGGCCGCGUGCAGCAGAUCUACUCCGACAGCGACCUGAAGGUGGAGGUGUGCGGGACGUCGUGGACGUACAAUCCCGCCGCCGUCACCAAAAUUGCUCCCUCGGGCUCCGCUGUCAGCAAUGCAUCCGGAGAGCGUCUCUCCCAGCUGCUGAAAAAACUGUUUGAGACGCAGGAGUCCGGCGACAUCAAUGAGGAGCUGGUGAAGGCGGCGGCAAAUGGAGAUCUGGCAAAGGUGGAAGACAUUUUGAAGAGACCCGAUGUUGACGUGAACGGCCAGUGUGCUGGACACACGGCCAUGCAAGCAGCCAGCCAGAACGGUCACGUGGACGUUCUCAAGCUUUUGCUCAAACAUAGUGUUGAUCUCGAGGCGGAGGACAAAGACGGGGAUCGGGCGGUGCACCACGCUGCCUUCGGUGACGAGGGCUCAGUCAUUGAGGUGCUGCAAAGGGGCGGUGCCGACCUGAACGCUAGGAACAAGCGCAGGCAGACGCCGUUGCACAUAGCUGUCAACAAGGGACACCUGCAGGUGGUCAAAACGCUGCUGGACUUUGGCUGCCACCCCAGCCUCCAGGAUUCAGAGGGCGACACACCCCUGCACGAUGCCAUCAGCAAGAAGCGGGACGACAUGCUGUCCGUGCUGCUGGAGGCGGGCGCCGAUGUCACCAUCACCAACAACAACGGCUUCAAUGCCUUGCACCACGCCGCUCUGCGAGGGAACCCAAGUGCGAUGCGUGUGCUGCUAUCCAAGCUGCCCAGGCCCUGGAUCGUGGAUGAGAAAAAGGAUGACGGCUACACCGCCCUGCACUUGGCGGCCCUCAACAACCACGUGGAGGUGGCGGAGUUGUUGGUUCAUCAGGGGAAUGCCAGCUUGGACAUCCAGAACGUCAACCAGCAGACAGCCUUACACCUGGCGGUUGAGCGCCAGCACACUCAGAUUGUCAGACUGCUAGUGCGAGCAGAGGCCAAGCUGGAUGUCCAGGACAAGGAUGGGGACACACCGCUCCACGAGGCACUGCGACACCACACGUUGUUCCAGUUGCGGCAACUACAGGAUAUGCAGGACGUCAGCAAAGUGGAGCCCUGGGAGCCCUCCAAGAAUACGUUAAUUAUGGGCUUGGGCACCCAGGGGGCAGAGAAGAAGAGCGCAGCGUCCAUCGCUUGCUUCCUGGCCGCCAAUGGAGCCGACCUGACCAUUCGUAACAAAAAGGGCCAGUCGCCUCUGGAUUUGUGUCCUGACCCCAGCCUCUGCAAGGCGCUGGCCAAAUGCCACAAAGAGAAGAGCAGCGGCCAAGUGGGCACGCGCAGCCCAUCUCUGAACAGCAACAUGGAGUCCUUGGAGGAGUGCAUGGUGUGCUCCGAUAUGAAGAGAGACACUCUCUUCGGUCCGUGCGGCCACAUCGCCACAUGCUCCCUCUGCUCGCCGCGUGUCAAGAAGUGUCUCAUCUGCAAAGAUCAGGUCCAGUCACGGACCAAGAUUGAGGAGUGCGUGGUGUGCUCUGACAAAAAGGCGGCUGUGUUGUUCCAGCCCUGCGGCCACAUGUGCGCUUGUGAGAACUGUGCCAGCCUCAUGAAGAAGUGCGUACAGUGUCGGGCUGUGGUGGAGCGCCGUACCCCCUUCGUGCUUUGUUGUGGGGGGAAAGGUAUGGAGGAUGAUGAUGAUGCCGCAGAUGAUGAUGAUGAUGAUGAUGAUGUGGAUGAUGAUGAUGAUGACAUUACAGGGAGCUCAAACUCUAUGGCAGGGGGAUCGCAGGAUCUUCUCCAGCCCAACAAUCUGGCACUAAGUUGGUCUAGCGGCAACAUCCCCGCCCUGCAAAGGGACAAGGACAACACCAACGUCAACGCUGACGUUCAGAAGCUCCAGCAGCAGCUCCAGGACAUCAAGGAGCAGACGAUGUGCCCUGUGUGUUUGGACCGGCUGAAGAACAUGAUCUUCAUGUGCGGCCAUGGCACCUGUCAGCUGUGCGGCGACCGCAUGAGCGAGUGCCCCAUCUGCCGCAAGGCCAUCGAGCGCCGCAUCCUUCUCUAUUAGACUCAUAAACGCCAGACUUUCCCCACCCUCACGCCCACGAACGCACCACCAGCCACCAAAGCGCAUCCCUGACUUGUCUUGGCACAACAUUGAGAAAAUAUGGAUUGGACCUCCACUUUCUCCUGCCGCUGGAACUUCUCUCAAACUUGAAAGGCACGUGUCUUCAAUCUCACCCUGGGAGUGACUGAGUAUGAUGAAAUAAGUAUGAUGAGUAUGUGCCCCGCGCCAUUCUACCCCCGCCCACACACACACACACCACCACAAAAGCCAAGUUUUAUUUUCAUUAUUCCUCGUUAUGCAAGCGUGGAGUUGAAGUCAUUUUUUUCUCUGUAACAAACAGUGUGACAACUUUCACGGUUCUGAGAGUAUUUUUUUAGGAGGCAGAGGAAGCGAGGUCGCCUGGUUCCGAAUCAGCAACUUCGGCGGGUCCACAUUGAUUUCUGUGGGGAGACAGGUAGAACACCACCCGGUUAACUAGAUAUCCAAAAACAUUCAUUCAGUCAUUUCCACUCUUGUGCGACGCGCGUUGUUGACGUAACCAUUUGCUUCCAAAAAUCUGCUCGUCCGACGGGGGGGUUUAAGGUGCUCUUUGUCUUGUAUUACAUUAAUUUAAGUCAAUUUCCGCUCAAAAAGUCAGCAUUUAUCGAAAUAGAGUCAUCUCUAUUAGAACUUUUAGGUGGGAUUGUAGAUAAAUUAUUUUGUAUUGCUGCCCGAAAGGAAAAAAAUAGGAUUUGUUAGGUGUCUUUGCCUUUCUAAUAUGUAGCCUCAACAAAAAGAAAAAAAGUCUGCUUUAAUAGUCAUACUUAUUUUUGUGUGUCUUGCAUACAGACACUUGUGUGUUCUUUGUUGUAAAUUGUGGGGGUUGGGGGUUAAUUGACAACCAUUUCAAGUAUCAUCUCAUCAGUGUUUUAUUUUUUAGGGGAACUAAUGUUUGUUUGAAAGGCUGCAAACCCACUAACAAGCAUCCUUUAUUUUGGAGACUGCAACUUUUUUUUUGUUUUUGUUUUCUAAUUCCAUGUUUUUUUCAACGACGACACCAAACUCUUAGCAGUGUUGUCUUGUUUUGCUGUUCUGAAAAAAGACAAAUUUUCUGCUUAAUUCAGUCCUGUCGGAAAUGUACUGUCUGUAACUCCUUGGGCAUGAAUGAACGUCUCACAUACGCGUUACAAAGUGUAUGAUGGAAUUUUCGUCACUGUACCGCAAACAAGUGCUUUGAAAACAAACCACACAGAUAAAAAUAAAAGUCGCCAAUGAAGA